GACGCGCUGCGCACUUGCUGGUUUUGACGCAGAGGAAUCCGGAUUUGCUCCGCAUGUGAUUCCGCAGCUGGACCCUGAUCCUGACCUCAGCCGGGCCGCCGGGAUGUCUGUGCGGGCCAGGACGGGAUUCUACCGGCAGGAGGUCAACAAAACGGCGUGGGAGGUUCCGGAGAGGUACCGGGACCUGAAGCAGGUCGGGACAGGAGCGUACGGCACAGUGUGUUCGGCUCUGGAUCGGCGGACAGGAACUAAAAUUGCCAUCAAGAAGCUUCACCGGCCCUUCCAGUCCAAACUCUUCGCCAAGCGGGCUUACAGGGAGCUGCGGCUGCUCAAACACAUGAAGCAUGAAAAUGUGAUCGGCCUGCUGGAUGUUUUCACCUCGGAGAUCUCACUGGACAAGUUCCGCGACUUCUACCUGGUGAUGCCGUUCAUGGGCACCGACCUGGGCAAGCUGAUGAAGCUGGAGCGGCUGAUGGAGGACAGGGUGCAGUUCCUCGUCUAUCAGAUGCUCAGGGGACUCAAGUACAUCCACUCUGCAGGGAUCAUCCACCGGGACCUUAAACCUGGAAAUUUAGCCAUUAACCCGGACUGUGAGCUGAAGAUCCUGGACUUCGGUCUGGCGCGGCAGGCGGACGCAGAGAUGACGGGCUACGUGGUGACGCGCUGGUACCGAGCUCCUGAGGUCAUCCUCAACUGGAUGCACUACACGCAGACCGUGGAUAUCUGGUCGGCGGGCUGCAUCAUGGCGGAGAUGCUGCUGGGAAAGCCACUGUUCAAGGGCAACGAUCACCUCGACCAGCUGAGAGAAAUCAUGAAAAUCACAGGAACGCCGACGGCGGACUUUGUUGUGAAGCUGCAGAGCCAAGACGCCAAAAACUACAUCAGAAGUUUGCCAAAGGUGCCCAAAAAGGACUUGCACUCCAUUUUCUCCAAAGCGAGCUCAAACGCGGUGUGUGUGUUGGAGAAGAUGCUGCUGCUGGACCCGGAGAGCCGGGUGAGCGCCGCCGACGCCCUGACGCUGCCGUUCUUCAGCGAGUUCGGAGACGGCGAGGAGGAGGCGGAGGCGCUGCCGUACGAUCACUCCAUGGACAACACAGACCUGCCGCUCGACCAGUGGAAACGUCACACUUUCACAGAGAUCCUGACCUUCAGACCGCCCAGAGACUCCAGAGAGACGUCACUUUAGCAACACACACACACACACACACACACACACACACACAAAAUUGUUUAUAUUCAACCACGGUAUUGCAGAAACUGUAUAAUGGAAUUUGUUAGUUAGUUAAAUUU